UGGGCUGAAUAUAGAAAGAGCUGGGGAGUUGGCCCUUUGAUAUUUCAAGUGCUGAUUGAUGGAGAGGGGUGUGCCAGUUAUUUUAAAUCUGGCUUAUUGGGCACACCCAGACCCCAAAUGGGUCUGAUGAAUUUAAGAAAGCAGAUUCUUAAUCUACAGUUACCAGAUGAAUCUGCGUUCUGUAUUUACUGUAGAACAACAAAGGAUUUUACAGCGUUAUUACGAAAAUGGAAUGACAAAUCAAAGUAAAAAUUGCUUUCAGCUCAUACUACAGUGUGCACAGGAGACUAAGCUGGACUUCAGUGUAGUCAGGACGUGGGUUGGCAAUAAGAGAAGAAAAAUGAGUAGUAAGAAUUCUGAAUCAGGAGCAACAACAGGAACUCUUCCCAGUACCUCUUUGACAGCUCCAGACAUUACAGUCAGAAACGUAGUUAACAUCACUCCACCAUCAAGCCAACAGUCUUCUUGGACAUCUGCCAAUAAUGAUGAUAUUGUAACUGGUGCAUACAGUCCAGCAAGUUCAUCAAGUAGGCAAGGGACAACCAAACAUUCAGACACACAAAUUACAGAAGCACAUAAAAUUCCUAUUCAGAAAACUGCCAAUAAAAAUGAUACUGAGUUUCAGUUGCACAUUCCUGUUCAAAGACAAGUAGCACACUGUAAAAAUGCUUCUCUGCUCUUAGGUGAAAAAACAAUUAUCUUGUCAAGACAGACAAGUGUGCUAAAUGCUGGAAAUUCAGUAUACAGUCACACAAAGAAAAACUAUGGAAGCUCUUCAAUGCAGGCCUCUGAGAUGAUGGUACCUCAAAAGCCAUCUAUGUGCCACCGACCUUGCAAAAUUGAACCAGUUGGAAUUCAGAGGUCAUAUAAGCCUGAACACAUGAGUCUAGCAUCACAAAACUUAUGUGGGCAAAAGCCACCUAUUAGAGACCCUUACUGUAGAACGCAAAACUUGGAAAUCCGUGAAGUAUUUUCAUUGGCUGUUAGUGAUUACCCCCAGAGAAUUCUGGGAGGAAAUGCCUCACAGAAGCCUAGUUCAGCAGAAGGAACUUGUUUGUCCAUUGCAAUGGAGACUGGAGAUGCUGAUGAUGAGUAUGCCAAAGAAGAAGAGUUGGCAUUGAUGGGAGCACAGAUACCAAGCUACUCAAGAUUUUAUGAAAGUGGCAGAUCCCUUGGAGCAGAGAACCAAAGUACAGUGCUUCCUGGACCAGGAAGAAAUAUGCCAAAUUCACAAAUGGUGAAUAUUAGAGACUUGGCAGACAAUGUACUCUAUCAAAGCAGAGACUACCAUUUGACACCACGGACCUCAUUGCAUUCAGUAGCUACUACGAUGUACAGUAAUACAAAUCCAUCACGGAGUAAUUUUUCUUCACAUUUCGCAUCAUCAAACCAAUUGAAGUUAUCACAAAACCAAAACAAUUACCAGAUUUCAGGAAACCUUACUGUGCCUUGGAUUACCGGGUGUUCUAGAAAAAGAGCACUACAAGACCGCACUCAGUUCAGUGACCGAGACUUAGCCACCCUUAAGAAGUACUGGGACAAUGGCAUGACCAGCCUUGGUUCUGUGUGUAGAGAGAAAAUUGAAGCAGUUGCAACUGAAUUAAAUGUUGACUGUGAAAUAGUUCGGACUUGGAUUGGGAAUAGAAGAAGGAAAUAUCGUUUAAUGGGGAUUGAAGUUCCACCUCCAAGAGGAGGCCCUGCUGAUUUUUCUGAGCAGCCUGAGUCUGGUUCUUUGUCUGCACUCACAUCAGGAGAGGAAGCUGGUCCAGAAGUAGGAGAGGAUAAUGACAGAAAUGAUGAAGUAUCCAUCUGUUUGUCUGAAGGAAGCUCUCAAGAAGAGUCCAAUGAAGUUCCAAAUGAGGCAAGGGUUCAUAAGGAGGAGGACCACCAUGCAGUAUCUGCAGAUAAUGUGAAAAUAGAAAUUAUUGAUGAUGAAGAAAGUGACAUGAUAAGUAAUUGUGAAGUUGAACAAGUGAAUUCUCUCUUGGAUUAUAAGAAUGAAGAAGUCAGAUUCAUUGAAAAUGAGCUAGAGAUUCAAAAGCAAAAAUACUUUAAACUUCAGACAUUUGUUAGAAGCUUGAUACUAGCUAUGAAAGCUGAUGAUAAGGAACAGCAGCAGGCACUGCUGUCAGAUUUACCUCCUGAAUUAGAAGAGAUGGAUUUCAACCAUGCCUCGCCGGAGCCUGAUGAUACCUCAUUCAGUGUGUCUUCUUUAUCAGAGAAAAAUGCCUCAGACAGUUUGUAAUUUGAGAAGGCAUAUAUGACACAGCAUUUUGGCUAAGAGCCAAGCUAACGUUAGUCACAAGAAAACGAGAACUGCAGUGAUGCUGGAGAAUGGAAAAAUUAGCACAUGCAAGGACAACCUCAAAAGAAAAUUGAUCUUUUCAUGAAAAAUGGGGAUGUUUUGUUUUAAGAUCAGGUAUCAACAUUAAGACUUCUAUGCUACCAUUGUAAUAAUGAUAAAAACAUUUAUCAUUGUUGGAGAAAAAAUGCUGCAAACCACUCACAUCCUCUGCUCUGUAUACUACCAAGACUUCAAAAAUGUUGAAGAAGCCAUUUUUCCAAAGGCAACAGCGUGUAUUUUAAGGCACUUUCAUAGUCCACCAUCUUUAAGUUUGUAGAGAAAACAUGAGUAGUGAAUUUAAAAGAGUUUUAGGCUCUAAGUUAGACUUUGUUGCCUUCUGUUUUGGGGGAAGAGGGGAAAUUCCACUCAUUUCCUAGGAAUAGUUUCCUCAUCUUAGCCUGAUAACUUAUGGUCAUUUUUAAGAGAAAUUCUGAAAAUGUUCCCUUCACAUUGUAGUGAUGGUGUACCAGGAAUAUUAUCUAUUUAAAAAAUAUAUAUGAGAUUUUCAUUCACGUCCUAAAAAUGCCAAAUUCUGACUUAUUAGCCUUUUAAGGGAACUAUCAGUACUAUAAUAUUUAAGAGAUGAGUACAUGGGUUUAUCUUUGAAGUUGGCAUUAUCCUUGGCAGACAACACUAUCAUACUCAUAAUAUCAAGCUAUGCUCUGCGAUAAUAUGAGGGAGAAGCCUACUAAUUUGUGAGACUGCAGUCAGCAUGCCAUUGCCAAAACCAAACCAUUAUUUAAGAGCAGAUUUGCUAAGAGGGAAAAGAUAAAAAAAUAAUAUUUUCUUGAAAAUAAAUAUGAUUGUUCCAUUAAAGUUUAUACUGAGUAUAUAUUGCUCUGCAUUGGAAUUUUAUUUUGUAUUAACUUGUUAAGUAGUUCCUUUAAGCGAUCUUGCAUCCCAUUUUACUGAUACUACCUCUGAAAUAUACUACCACCUUGAAACUACAUCACUGUAAUGUGAUCUUUUGUAGGGUUUUUAUUUAAAGUUUUAUAGAGGCAAUAAAUGAUUUCUAACUAA